AUGAUCAGCAAUAACGGCGGGAAUAGCAACAGCAGUCACAGUAACAACAACAAUAUCAAUGACAUGAACAACAACAGCAACAGCAACAACAGCAAUAUGGGCGACAUGAGUAGCAGCGACAGCCACAAGCGUGUGGCAUCGGGUCCCGCGACCCUCCCUGCAAACGAGCACAACUCGCAGCACCUACAGCAGCAGCAGUCGCAGCCACAACAGCAACAGCCGCAACAGCAGCAGCAGUCUCAGCACUCACAGCUGUCAUCGUCAGGCGUGGCUUCGACGGGAAGCCCGAUCUCGCUUGGGUUGCGGAGUAACAGCGAGACCAAGACGCCGAUAGUGAGUCGGCAGACGGAUGCGCUAGCACUGGCGCCUCCGUCGUCCGGGCAGCAGAAGCAGCUGCCGUCGUCGUUUUUACCAAACAGCUCGCCUGCGCAGUUUUGGAACUUUAUGCACUUGCUUUCUACGCCGGUGAAGCAGGAGUACUCGCCAUCCAAGUACGACAAUUCGCCGGUUGCGAAUGAGCAGGUGUCGCCGUACAGGAUACGGCGGCCGGGGGCAGGGUCAGGAGCGGGGAAUAACGAGGAGGAAGACGACGGGAAGGCGUAUCCGUCGCCGCAGCGGACGAAUGGUAGUGGGAAUAUACUGUUUGAUGCGGUGAAUGCGGUUGCGGGGGGAGCGUCAGGGAGCGGGACGGCUUCGUUGUCUGGGGCCGCAGCUAGUCAGGGUGCACACGAGGCGGAGGGGUUGGGAGAUCUGCAGGGAGUUGAUUUGGCGAGGUGA